AUGUGCCAGAAUACAGAGAGAUUGGGUAACAAGAGCACUCAUUGUGCUUGGUUGCAUCAGUUGAUUCACUCCUUCCAGCUCUUGGGGCAUGAAAGAAGAUGUUUAAAGUGGGCGCAUUAGUUCGCGAGAAUAGUAAUGUUAUGGGUGAUGAUGUUAUACUUGGCGGAGGUAUGGAAGCUUGAUCUCAAGCAUGCGGCUACAGUUAUCAAUAUAUGGAGGGGUUCAGCUAAAGUAUUGCCUCUUGUCUUUGUCUUUGUCUUUGUCUUUGUCGCGGACGCUUUCCUAGGCCACUUUAGUAUCCUCUUGCUCUCCAGUCUUUCCAACGCUGUUGGACUGGGGUUGUUUUGGAUGUCAACACCACCAGUUUCGGCCAAAUCAAAUGGAAACUGCGCAGAAUACAAGCCUGAAUGUAUAGAAAACCAUCAAAAACAACUUUUUCACACAGCCCUAGUCCUAACUGCAGUAGGAAUAGCAGGUCAUGUAGCUUCUUUUGACUUCUUUGCUGAAAAGCAGAUAAAGAGUAUUGCAGCAAACUGGUCCACAGCUUUUAAUUUAUUGAAUUCCUCCGAAGAUGAGGUUAACGAUGUUCCAUUGGGUGUCCGAGAACAAAAUACUUCUCCAUUAGCUUCGAAUUUUUGGCUAGCAUCACCUUCUUUUCCACGAAACUUCCUUUGUCCAUUUUGUAAAUGUUGUGGAGUCUUCUACUUCUUCUUCUUCUUCUUCUUCUUCAGCAGCAUUGUCUUUGUUGCUGGAAUAUUAAUUGUCGUUUUCGUCAAACCAUGGACUAUUCGGUUUGGAGUUUCAGCCAUAUUUGCAGUGUUUUCAUUUCUAGUUUUCUUGAGUGCGGUUGGCUCUUACAAGUAUUUUGGACCUCGAGGAAGCCCCUUCACUACUAUAUUUCGCGUGCUUCUUGCUGCUUGCUCCAAAUUUGUUUAUAGGCUGCCGCAGGAUGUUGGUGAGCUCUAUGAGAAUAUAGCCCUUGGUGAAUCUUCCUUGUUUCCUCACACCAACAGCCUAAGGUAA